AUGAGCAAGUACCCGCACCUGCUGCAGCCGCUGGACCUGGGCUUCACGCAGCUCAAGAACCGCGUGCUCAUGGGCUCCAUGCACACGGGUCUGGAGGAGGGCAAGUCGCUCACCCGCCUCGCCGCCUUCUUCGCCGAAAGAGCCAAGGGCAACGUGGGUCUCAUCGUGACUGGUGGCAUUGCACCCAACCGCGCCGGUCGCGUGAGUCCGCUGGCCGCCAAACUGACGACGCAGGGCGAGGUGAACGCGCACAAGGAGGUGACUCAGGCGGUGCACGACAACGACGGCAAGAUCGCCAUGCAGAUCCUGCACAGCGGACGCUACGGGUACCACCCGUUCAACGUGGCGCCGUCCCCCAUCAAGGCGCCCAUCGGCUGGUUCACCCCGCGCGAGCUUUCCAGCUCCGGCGUGGAGAGCACGAUCCGUGACUAUGCCAACUGCGCGGCGCGCGCGCGUGAGGCGGGCUACGACGGCGUGGAGAUCAUGGGCUCGGAGGGCUACCUCAUCAACCAGUUCAUCGUGGAGCACACGAACAAGCGCACGGACCAGUGGGGCGGAGCGUACGAGAACCGCAUCCGCUUCCCCGUGGAGAUCGUCAAGGCGGUGCGAGCUGCUGUGGGCAAGGACUUCAUCAUCAUCUUCCGCCUCUCGAUGCUGGAUCUGGUGGAGAAGGGCAGCACUUGGGACGAGAUCGUGCUGCUCGCCAAGCAGAUUGAGGCGGCAGGCGCGACUAUUAUCAACACGGGCAUCGGCUGGCACGAGGCGCGUAUCCCCACGAUCGCGACGAGUGUGCCUCGCGGUGGAUUCUCGUGGGUCACGCAGAAGAUGAAGGGCGAGGUCUCCAUCCCGCUGAUCACGACCAACCGCAUCAAUAUGCCCGGCGUCGCUGAGCAGAUUAUCGCUGAUGGUCACGCAGACAUGGUGUCCAUGGCUCGGCCGUUCCUCGCGGAUCCGGAGUUCGUGCGUAAGACGGAAGAAGGGCGAGUGGACGAGAUCAACACGUGCAUCGGCUGCAACCAAGCGUGCUUGGACCAUACGUUCAAGGGCAUCACGGCUAGCUGCCUUGUUAACCCUCGAUCGGGCUACGAAACCAUGCUCAACUACACACCGACUGACGACGUGCAGCGUGUCGCCGUGGUCGGUGCGGGACCUGCUGGCUUGUCGUUCUCGACGGCAGCAGCAACGCGCGGUCAUGACGUGACCUUGUUCGACCAAGCCGACGCUAUCGGAGGUCAGUUCAACAUGGCCAAGACCAUUCCGGGCAAGGAGGAGUUCUACGAGACGCUUCGCUACUUCGAGAAGCAGUUGAAGCUCAAGGGCGUGAAGGUGAAACUCGGUCAACGUGUUGAAUCUGCUGAUCUGGCCGCAGGAGGCUUCGACAAGGUCGUUAUCGCCACGGGUGUGCUGCCGCGCGAGCUCAAGAUCCCCGGCGCUGAUCACCCGAAGGUUCUGAGUUACAUCGACGUACUCAAGAACAAGGCGCCGGUGGGCAAGAAGGUCGCCGUUAUCGGAGCUGGUGGUAUCGGGUUCGACGUUGCUGAGUUCAUUACGCACGUGGGCGAAUCCACAAGCUCAAGUGUCGACGCAUUCGCUCGGGAGUGGGGCAUUGACAUGACCAAUUCGGUGCGUGGAGGUGUGGCUGGCAUUAAGCCCAGCAUCCCUCCGCCCCCGCGCGAGGUGUACCUGAUGCAGCGUAAGAAGACGAAGCAUGGCAAGGACCUCGGCAAGACGACGGGUUGGAUCCACAGGCUUUCGCUCAAACACCGAGACGUCAAGAUGAUCGGCGGCGUGUCGUACGACAAGGUGGACGACGCAGGCCUGCACUACACGGACAAGAAGGGUCAGAAGCAGGUUCUGGACGUGGACAACGUGAUCGUGUGUGCUGGCCAAGUGCCUCUGCGUGAGCUCGAGAAGCCGCUGCAGGAGAAGGGCGUCACGGUCUUCCGCAUUGGUGGCGCCGACGAAGCUGGCGAGCUGGAUGCAAAGCGCGCCAUUGACCAGGGUGCACGUCUGGCUGCCAAGAUCGAGACUGCCAAGCCUGGUGACCCGCUGGAGGCUGAGCCUACGCUGUCGGCCAAGGUUUUCGAGUUCUUAGGCAAGUUCCAGCAGUAA